GUGCUAUUAAGCAUUUUUUUAUCAAGUCGUUACCAAGAUACUCCAGAAUAUCUAACCUUACAAACACAUUUCCGAGUUUGUCAUAAAAUGAUGGCUGAAUAGCGGAUCUCAUGUUGAUGCGGCCAACUUGUGUCGCCAUUAUGACAUAACCCAGACACCUCAUCGAGGAAUCACGGAUUGCUCUAUAACAACUCAUCCCACAAUGUACUCCACCAUUCAAACUUGUCUUCCCGAAUAGAAUAAAACAUCAGCUAAUUAUUUACUUACCAUGUCGUCGCGUCGAACCACCGAUCCUCACCGACCAGUCCGCCCUCCGAUCCCCAUGGGAACAUGGGUCCUUUAUGGCUGCGGCGCAGGACUGCUCGGUGUAGCCGCAAUGACCGUCGGAGAAAAGAUUGAACAAUUCUUUACUGGCCGGCCCAACUCCUAUGUCCCCGGCCACACGCUGGAGCGACUACUGGCUUUGCCUCCCCGGCCGGACAACGAACGCUGGGGAUUGAACAUGGCCAUGCAUUACGGGCAGGGUGCAGUUGCGGCCGUCAUUCGAGCAUUCAUGAGCAUCAACGGUAUUCGAGGACCGUUUGCCGACUUUAUGUUCGUCGGCGUCCGGUUGACGAUUGAUCAGACGCUGGAGAAUUGGACGGGAGUCGGCGCUCCUCCAUGGACGUGGCCAGUCAAUGAGCAAGUUAUCGAUGUGCUGCACAAGGCAGUUUAUGCUUUUGUGACUGGGUACUUGACAGACCGAUGGCUGCAAUGAGAUAUUUAUCUGAGUCGAAUUGCGUGUACUUGUACUGCUCAAGGGGCCAACACUAUAUGAGUUUAUUAUCUCUGAAUGAAUCCGUUGACGCGAAGGCCUGGAUAUGUACUAAUAAGACUCAUGGACCCAUCUGUACUUACACUAUGAGUGAGUCUAUGACCUUCGAUUGGUCAGCCUUAUGUCAACAGUGUUGAAGCACG